AUGACGUAUAUUAUCGAUGACCUUGCGCGAGUACGCAUGUUAGCUUCCGGGGUGUAUACAAUGGCUUCUACAGCGGCCCCAUAUUGCUUCACAUUAAUGGCCGUUCUUCUGCGAAAAAAGUAUCGUCUGUCGCAAAGUGAAAUUGCAACUAUCAGUACCGUCGGCAAUUGCAUCGGUUACUGCAGCUUUCCAAUCGGUGCUCUGUUCGAUUACGCUGGUCCGAUGGUGCUACUCCCCCUUGGUGGGUUUCUAGGGUCUUUGGGCUUCCUGCUUUUUGGUCUCACCUUCGAUGGAAAGAUAGCGAACCCGACUUUAACCCUUUUCUGUGUCUUCGACGCAAUAGUUUAUUCGGGGAUCCCAACAUUAGAUGUUGCAACGAUCAUGCCGGCGAUAUUGCAGUUUCCACUUGACAGGGGUUAUGUUGUGCUCGUGUUGAAGACAAUCAGUGGUCUCGGUACCGGGGUGCUAAUGGCUUACUUCAACGGGUGGUUUAAGGAUACCACAUCCGAUGAUGUGGAAAAAAACAACUACUCGGGUUUCAUGUACUUCAUUGCCGCUAGAUUGCUGAUCGUGUCACUCAUUGCUCUCAGCGUAACUCGCAUGCCCAUGUACUUUCCUUGUGCGUGGCGGAAGCAACGGCUAAGUGAAGAGGAGUGGACGAAGCGACAGCAGACACUUCAGUUAUACAUGAACCAGCCUGCGCCUCCCAGAAGGAUGAAGAUAGCUGUGGGACUCGUCCUCAGCCUGCUGUUGUUUCUCACCACACAAUCACUCAUUGGCGGAUAUGUAAAGCUUCCUCCGGCUGCCUAUUUGGCCUUUUCGAUUAUUGCAGUGCUCAUGAUGGCAUCAUUUUGUGUCGUUGCGUUGCCGUUUCAAUGGCUUGGACGAUAUACUCCAGUGCGCCCUACGGAUAUGGACACAAUUGGAGAGGCACUGGAGGAUGUUGUGACCGAAUCAGCGGUGGCUACAACGAAGAACGAGGUGAAGCCAUUGCCGCAGUACAGUGGGUCCUUCUGGCAGCACUUGCUUACCGUGGAUCUUUGGUGCAUGUGGCUUACAUGCUUCGGCGUGUGGGGUACUGGAACUGUCAUGCAGAUGAACGCUGCACAAAUUUAUGAGAGCAAAAGUUACGGCGGGAAGAAAAGCUCCACUCUAACACUGUAUAUCACCAUGAUGUCUGUUGGCAGUGCUGUUGGUCGCGUGUCUAUGGGGUUCACGGAUAUGGUGCUGACACGGCGGCAGCGAGAGGGGCUUAAAACGUUUCCCACAACAAUUGCGCUCCCAUUUGGUCCUCUGAUGUUGUGCAUCGCCUUCCUGCUCUUCGCGUUGCUUCCCGCUAACGCGCUGAUCCUUCCUUUCUUCCUUGGGGCUUUGGGCAACGGAGCAGGUUGGGGGUGUUGUGUGCUUGUAAUUCGUACGAUGUAUUCACAGGAUUUGGGAAAGCACUACCACUUCGGCUACAGUUCUGGAAUUGUGUCAACGAUAGCGCUCAACCUCUUCAUGUUCGGUGGUAUGUACGAUGCUGAGGCUGAGAAGCUUGGUACGAAACCCGAGUGUAAAAACCCUUCGUGUGUCAAAAACCAGAUGCUCAUACUGAUGGGUGUCAAUAUUGUGGCAGCGGUCGCUGCAGCGAUUGUCCACUUCAGAUUUUCGCGUUUCAUUAAUGCUGAGCAGAACAGGUGUAAUGAGCCAGCUGAUGAGAUGAGUGGUGUCGCUGCUCCUGUUACAGAGGAUGCGGGGCAGCCAAAUGAAGGGGGCUCACACAGUGGCGGAGCAGCGCAGCAGUAG